AUGUCUCCCAAGAAAGGCUCCAAGAUGAGCCCCAAGAACGGCCCCAAGAAGGGCGCCAAGAAGGCAGCCCGCCGAUUCCGUGUCAAGAAGCUUCGUGCCAAGAAGCUCCUUGCCAGAAAGGCAGCUGCCAGAGUGAAGGCUGUUUCCGAGGAUCUCCACAUGCUGUGGACGGCCUACAAGAUUGCAUCUGAGGGUGCCCCGGCAUCUGACAAGAACAUUGCUGAGAGACUGGGGAUUAGUGAGGGCGCUGCCAGCGAUAAAUGGUGGGCCCUUCGGUCCAAGGUCGCGCCUUUUGAUGCCGAGUACCAGGCCGAGCGUAUCCUCGCCGAAGGCAGGAAGGACAAGGAGAUGACCGAGAAGCAGGAGGAGGAGGAGGCAGAGGAGGAAGAUGAGGAGGAAGAGGAAAUUGUUGAAGAGAACGAGGCAGACAACGAGGCAGACAACGAGGCAGACAACGAUGCAGACGAUGAGGCAGACGACCAGCCAGACCAGCCAGGCCAGGCAUUCUCUCUACCUUGCAGAUUUCGAUACUAUGGCACAGUUUGA